CAGCGUUUUUUUGAUAGCAUUUGGGGCUUUGUGGGGAACUAUGUUUAUGAUGACGCCACAGCCCAAAAUGGAGACGCAGAGUUCAUCUACCACCACCACUCAACUAACAACGACAGUUUCAUCUACAUGGGGCAUUCAAGAGGCUGAUACAGACGUUGAUUACAACGAUCCAGAACAGUUUCCUCGUGCCGGCGAAGAACUGCGUACAACUUUUCUACGUACAACUGUGACAACAACUAGUGCCACUUAUGAUGAAUAUGGGACGGACAGAAAUAUGUUUCUAAUGUUCUCGAGGAACAGUUGGACGAGGACGAAAAAGGAUUCCUUAAUGAUCGUUGCAGCUAUGACAUUUGGUAGUUAUUUUGGUGCCAAAUACGUUGCUAAAGUUCACGAUAUAGAUUACUAUGAUAUCAUACUAAAUUUUUUUAACAGAAAAAACGGCACUAGUACGACGGCCAAGCCUAAUACUACAAUGGCACCUGAUUAUACUGGCGAUUACAGUGACAGUGAUUCUGAUUAUCGUAGAAGAUAG